AUGGCUCCAGCCGAGUUGAGAGAGUUAAAGGAACAGUUGCAGGAUCUGUUAAGCAAAGGGUUCAUUCAUCCUAGUGUUUCCCCUUGGGGUGCUCCCAUGCUAUUCAUAAAGGAGAAAGAUGGUGCUAUGUGGAUGUGGAUCGAUUAUCGGCAAUUGAACAUGGUCAUUAUUCUGAAUAAGUAUUCGAUACCCUGUAUGGAUGACUUAUUUGAUCUACUUCUGGCUGAUGCGUUGAGUCGAAAUGCGGUGAGUAUGGGUAGCUUAGCUCGUUUGGUUGUUGAGGAGCGUCCUUUAGUCAUGGAGGUCAAGACUCUUGGUAACAACUUUGUGAGAUUGGAUAUUUCAGAACCUGGGAGGAUUCUAGCUUGUGUUGAGUUGAGGUCGUCUCUUUUGGAGCAGAUCAAGGUACAACAGUAUGAUGAUGCGAAGUUGUGCAAGAUUCACGAUAAGGUAUUGAGUGGUGAGGCCACGGAAACCAUUAUUGAUAGUGAGGGUGUCUUGAGGAUUAAGGGGCAUAUUUGCAUUCCCCAUGUAGGUGGAUUGAUUCGUUUGAUAUUGGAGGAGGCUCAUAGUUCCAGAUAUUAUAUACAUCCAGGUGCAACAAAGAUGUAUCGUGAUUUGAGGCAGCAUUAUUGA